AUAAGUUUAGUGAUACAUGUGUUGAGUAAUAUAAAAGAGAGACUUAAUUUACCCGUCGGUCCCAUUGGCCUACCGCUGAUCGGCAACAGACCAUUGCUCGGCAAACAUCCCCACAAAGCAAUCGCUAAAUUGAGUGACAAAUACGGCUCUGUUUUCACUUUACAAUUAGGAGUGCACAAUAUUGUCAUACUUAACGAUUGGGAGGCCGUGAGGGAUGCCUUUCAAAAGGACGCCUUUUUAGGCAAACCGAUUGAACAUCCAUUUGCUGCGGUGACGGGAACUAAAAGUAUUCUUGACGAGAGCGGAGACGUAUGGAGAGACCAACGGAGGUCUGCCCUACAGGUGUUCCGAGACUUAGGCUUCGGGAAGGGCUCUAUGGAGGACAGGAUCACCGAUGAGAUCAGUUAUCUCACAAAACGUAUCGAUGAGACUAAGGGUGAGCCCAUGAAUAUCCACGAAGUACUGGUGCCGAGUAUGUCCAACGUUAUCAGUCAC